AUGACCAUCAAGAUUGUACGAUUGACGGCCGACAUUGCUCGUGACCAAUUUGACCAAUUGGUGAAGCUCUUCCAGCAACUUUCGAGUACGGCUAAUGAGUCGUUGGUGCAAGCGGCUUUAGCGUCGAUACAAAACCAAGUUAUUGCAGCUGAGGAUACGACGACGAGGGACAUUGUAGGCGUGCUUAUCAUUGCCAUGACACCUUGUGCAUCAGGUACACGUGUGCAUAUCGAGGAUGUGGUGGUCGAUUCAGCUUGUCGCGGCAAAGGAGUGGGUACACAACUUUUGGAAGAUGCUAUAAGACGUGCCAAGGAUGAGUUUCAUGCGAGGACCAUUGAUCUUACGAGUCGACCUGAAAGAACAAGUGCCAAUCGACUGUAUCAACGGCUUGGAUUUCAGCUUAGAGACACCAAUGUUUAUCGCUAUACUCCCUAA